AUGAAGCUAGCAAAGACCUUAGUCAUUGUAUUAAUAGUCAUGGUUUUAUUCAUGGCUCGUAUCAAUGCUAUUAUUGACAAUGAAACAGAAGAAGAAGAAAACUUCGUACAGGAAGAAGAAGUUCCUGCACUGGACUCUGACUCGGUUUCAACUGACCUCUCUUCUACCGAAAGCGAACAGUCUUCUUUCCAAGGAUUGGGCCGGUUCCUCCUAGCCAAGAACAAGCGGAAGCAACUCAAAUGCAACAAGAACCCUCGAAUUUGCCGGGCUAAGGGCAGCCCAGGGCCCUUCUGUUGUAAGAAGAAAUGCGUAGACGUGAGGAUGGACCGACUCAACUGCGGUCUCUGUGGGAAGAAGUGCAAGUACAAUGAGACAUGUUGUAAGGGCAAAUGCAUCAACGUAGCAUUCGACAAGAGGCACUGUGGACGUUGCAACAACCGCUGCGGAAGUGGGGAUUUUUGUUCAUAUGGCCUGUGCAGUUAUGCUUAG